CUGGGGAUUCGACGCUCCCUGCGGAUUGCCAUAGGAGAAGACAAGGUGAUUUCGGUUCCUUGGAUUGUAGAAGUUGGACUGGUUGUUGUACUGAUUUCUGCCCACAUAAUCCACUUCUUCAGUGGCUUCGAUGCGCCGAUCUUUGCAAGUUGCAACUUGAUGGCGGAAAGCUCAGAAAGUACGGCUUUUAAGGCCGAAGUCUCACUGAUGUCUCCCUUGACAUCUCCUUUUGGCAGUGCUAAUCUGUUAAUCUCCCCGGAUAUGUUUCUGCCUUUAGCCAUCUUGGCUAUCUGAAUCUCAAGAGCCUCGAAAGAUAAAUCAUAGACGCUGUCUCCACAAACUGCAUCUACCCAACCUCUUGUAUCAUCUCGGAGUCCAUGUAUGAAGGUGGAGAGUAAGUACUUACUAUCCAUGCCGUGAUGUGGGCACAUCCUCUGAUACUCUUUGAACCUCUACCAAGCAUCAUAGAGACUCUCAUCACCCUCUUGGGCAAAAGUGUUGAUCUUGCUAAGAGCCAACUGAGUAUUCAUCGGCGAGUAGUACUUCAUCAUAAAUUUUUCUUCCAUCUCAUUCUAGGUAGAGAUGCAAUUCGACUCCAAAGUAUAUAGCCAAUCUCUCGUCUUGUCCAUCAAAGAGAACGAGAAUGCCUCUAUCAUCAUAUCUUCCAUCGUCAUUCCCGAGGGCUUUUUUAUGGCCCGACACAGUAUCUUGAACUGAGUGAGGUGUGAGUUUGGGCCUUCUUCUGGAGUGCUGCAUCAUGCGUUCACCAGCCUCUGAAGGCCAUUCUCUUGUUGAUCAUAUAUUGAAUGCUUUGCAAAUUGAUUACAAGACACCAGAAGAUCCUGCUGUCAUGUCUCCUUGUCUUACUGUUUUGAAUAAACUAAGCAGUCAAUUUUAUGUUGAACUGAAGACUAAGCUCCAGGUCAGUCUUAACCUGAUAAUUGAGUAUAAAUAUCCUUAUCCUGCAGGCUUUCUGCAUAGUAUAUCUCGAUCUAGUAUAAUACACAAACCAAAAGAUGAUCUCCCUGACCAUUUAUUUUUUGUACAAUUUUCUGAUUUUGGUUUCUGGGUCAGGAUCGUUUCUUCCGUAAGAUGGUGCCCUUGUUUCGGUGUGCAAAUGGCAAUAUACAAAAUGCAGUUAAAAACGCUAUUUUGCACCUGAAGGUUUGUUGAUUUGCUAUCGCUUUUUAGCCCUUUUCCUUGAUUUCAAUCUUUUCGUCCUUUCUCUCAAUUGAAAAGAUUAUAUGAUACAUGUUAUCUUUGUUUCUGGUAUUGAAAAUACAUUAUUUUUUCUUUUAGAGUUUCCUUGUUCAUUGUAUUUGGCUUCAAUUUGUUGGUAUCUCUUGCAAGCCAUUGAUGCCGUACCAAAGGAAAUGGAUGUAUCUCCUGGAGUUAGGAAAGAUCUCAGGAUUCGUGCACAUGCGGUCUUGGUGACUACCAAAGCAGCCACGGAUCCUUCUGUAUAUUUCAAAGGAAUUGCUAGCUUGCUUCUGCAGUCAGACAGUAACUUGUUAAGGUACUUGGCCUUCUAAGGGAGACUGCUAAGGACACCAAUUCAUCUAAGUUGAAGCACAAUAUGAGACGAGUCGUCAAUCCAAGGAGAAGAAACCCCUGGUUGAAUCUGGAUGAGGUGCUCCAGCUAAACAAACUGCUGUUUCUACCCUGGAAGUUUUGGCUAGCAGGUUUCCGUCUGUUCAUCCAAUCUUCAGCAAAUGGCUUAGAUCUGUUGCAGAAGGCAUUAGUUCAAAGAAUUUGGGAGUGUCCUCAAGCUGCCUUCGUACAACUGCUGCAUUGGUCAAUGUUCUUGGACCAAAGGCACUGCUUGAACUUCCGCCCAUAAUGAAGAAUUUGAUAAAAAGAUUGCGUGAAGUGUCUUCGGUGUCUGGGAAUAAUGGUAGCACAACAAUUGAAGACGAGUCUCUUAUGCUGUCUAUUCUAGUCACUCUGGAAGCAGUGGUUGAUAAACUUGGAGGUUUCCGCAAUCCUUAUCUUGGAGAUAUAGUUCAACUUGUGGCGUUGCUUCCUGAAUUUGUUUCUGAACUUAACCAGAAGUUUAAGAUCAAAGUCGUUGCCAUCCGUGAGCUCUUAACUGAAAAAAUAUCGGUUCGCCUCACUCUACAACCACUUCUGAGGAUAUAUGGUGAGGCCGUUAAUUCUGGGGAUCCAAGCUUGGUGAUUGCUUUUGAAAUACUGGCAAAUCUGGUUGUAAAAAUGGAUUUUCGACCAAUGCUUGCUCGCCCUUGAUAUCUGGCGUCAAAAUCCAGCAUCAGUUCAAAACAUUGAUGUUGUUGAGAGAAGCAUAAUCAAUGCAAUCAUUGCUCUCACGAAGAAGCUGACUGAAUCCAUGUUCAAACCCCUCUUCAUCAGGAGUAUAGAAUGGGCAGAUUCAGAUGUUGAAGACAUGUCCGGCGGUGAAAGCAAGAGCAUAGACAGAGCUAUAUCUUUCUAUGGCUUUGUUAAUCAACUUUCUGAGAGCCACCGGUCCCUCUUUGUCCAAUACUUCAAAUACUUGCUCGAUGGUAUUGUAUCACAUCUCACCAGCAUCGAAGCUUCAGUUUCAUCUAGGAAGAAGAAGAAGGUCAAGAUUCAGGAAGCGGGUGAUAAUAUACCACCUAAAAGCUGGCAUCUCAGGGCAUUAGUGUUGUCUUCCUUGAAGAACUGCUUUCUGUAUCACACAGGAAGUGUGAAGUUUCUAGACUCCAAUAACUUUCAGGUGCUACUAAAACCUAUUGCAUCACAAAUUGUUGUAGAGCCGCCGGCUUCUCUGGACAACUAUGCAUAUGUACCAUCAGUACUGGAGGUUGAUGAGCUAGUGGUUUCUUGCAUUGGUCAAAUGGCCGUAGCCGUUGGGUCUGACCUUCUCUGGAAGCCGCUGAACCACGAGGUGUUGAUGCAAACCCGGAGCGAGAAGCUACGAGCUCGGAUAUUGGGACUGAGAAGUGUCAAACAGUUGUUAGACAAUCUGAAAGAAGAGUAUAGGGUGUUCUUCGUGGAGACUAUAUCGUUCCUCGGGGAACUGCUGGAGGACGUUGAACCGUCGGUUAAAUCUCUGGCACAGGACAUUCUAAAGCAGAUGGAAGAAAUGAGCGGAGAAUGCCUGAGGCAAUAUCUCUGAUGAUGAUACAAUACAAAGGUUUGAUCCCCAGCAGUUUUGUUUCCAAUUGGUAAAAAUACCAAAUGUUGUAAGACAGAACAUCUGGCCAAGUUUUUAGGGUUUUAGGAGGAACAUCUCCUGAGCUCUUGUAAUGGCCAAGAGAAUGGUUCUACUUCUACAUGGUUGUGGUUUCA